ACAAAUUUGUUUCGGGGUUUUUGUGCUUACCAAAAUCGGGAGAAAGUGCAAGAUUGGAAAUUUCAUCUUAUUCUCGUUCUUUUACGGAUUUUGGGCCUUGAAUUGUUAGGAGUGGACCGGCCCUAAAUGAUAGCAUGGACCUUGCCAUAAUGCCUGGGUUGCUUUGCCAAAGUUUCAGAAGUUUUUUCUUUUCAGCCUCGGGCAUGGCUUAUUCCUGGGUUGAUUUUCGGGGUCUUUUCCGCUUCAGUUUCUGUGCAUUUGGCUGUUGUUCUGUUUGAGCAGGAAUAGGAUGGAAAGGUUCUUCCGGUUCUUCUCGGUGCGGCAAAUCCAAACUCAAUGCGACUCUUCCCACUCAAUCAUGCUUGUUUCAGGGCCUCCUUCCUGCGGAAAGACUUCCUUGCUUUUUCAGUUUGCUUUUAAUUUGGGUUUGGAGGGAAAUGUUACCUUCAUCUGCAACCGCCGCAAAUUAGAGAAUAAACCUCCAUAUCUCUCGCAGGGAGUUGAUCCAGCAUCCGAAACCUUUCAGCGCAUACAAAUGAAGUAUUUGGAGGACGACGAGGGAAUUAACAAGUACUUCUCUGCAUUUCACCUGCAUCGUACACUUCCCGUGGCAGUUGUUAUUGACGAUUUUGGAGAUUUUUUCGAGGAAAGGCGAUGUCAGGAAAAAUAUGCCAAUCCUCGCGGAAGAGACCUAGCAAUGGUUAGAACACUAGCACUUUGUCAUAAUGCCAUGAGCCUAGCGAAUCAGUGUAGGCCUUGCCAGCUUGUGUUGUCUGAUACCCACCACGGAGAGUCCCCAAGGUUGAUAUUCAUUUAUAAGAGAUGGGUUCCAACCAUUUUCACCAUUAGAGGUGAUGGGUCUGGAUGGUUCAUCCUGAGAAGUAUUAACAAUUGUGGAAAUGAGUGUUGUUUGAGGACUAAAAGUGCAAAAUACUCGAUUGCUCUUCAGUUCCUGAGUUUGGAGGAAGUUUCUGAAGACAUUACAGAAUAAUGGAUUUCCUUGCAGCUUGAGUACUUCAUCAUUUAAUAUCUAACUCUGUUUUCUACUAAUCAUUUACAAGCACAAGGGAAAGUCAGCAGAAAAGAAAAGAAAAGAAAAGAAAAGAAAACAACUGAAAGUUGACCCUGGGCUCAACCCUUGUUUACAAAUCCUGGUUCCCGUUAAGAUUUUAUAGUAAACCCCUUUUUGAUACUCUGGACCACAGAAUUCACCACCCCAGAUCAUCACAAGCCUCCGCUGGAAAGACUCUGCAACAAUCGUUAAAUCUCAAGAAUAAUGUAUCAUAUUGCCUAUAGAUGUUUAAAGUAGUGUUGCUUCACAAGAAAUGAGUUGGUGCAAAUGGGUUGUUUUGUUGAGAUCUUACGUCUUGGGACGGUCAUACUGUCGAUACUCUCUAUCAACACUGCCCCCCCCUUCUUGGCCUCUGGUUUUAGCUUUACUUCCGGAUACAUUUCAACAUCACAAGCUUCCCCUCCAACAGUGUCACAAGCCUCAGCUGGAAAAGCUCUGUAGAAACAGACACAGAAGAGCAGCAAACGAAAAGGGGUAUUGAAUCAGACAUAUUGUAGUCAACUGGUGAAGGGUCUUGUCCAACCGCACUUGCCUUUAUUUGUAGGGUGGGACGUUGACGUUGAGUUUGAGAAGUGGGGUGCCUUCGUAGGGACCUCAUAGGCAUUGAGAAGGCCUUUGAUUUGGUGGUUGGUGGGAAGAGAGAGCAUGAUGAUGGAGAUGCCAAGGAAAGUGGUGAAGAAUGGCUCAAUCUGCUGCGAAGUUGAUGCUUGGAUGCUUCUUUAGAGUAGGAUUCAGACGUAAAAAAGGUUAAAACACAUAAAGAUGGCAGAUAUCUCGCGACUGGAUAAGGUUUUGGACCAAUUAUUUAGAGGAAAAAAGAAAAAACUAGUGGUUCUGAAUGCUUGAAUGGAUGUAUUAUUCUUAGACUAUUAGUAUUGUCCCUUUAUCUAUCACUUUCUUUUUCAUUUUUCUCAUAUCAAGAACAUUCUUGAAGCGAAUCCGUAGAUAAGUUUUUAUUCGGUGGUUAA